AUGGACGCCAAUUAUGACACAGAGAAAUUUGAUAAUGAAGGAAAAUUUCUUUAUUUUGCCUAUGGAAGUAAUCUUCUUGAAAGAAGAAUACAUAUAAACAAUCCAUCCGCUACUUUCUUCAAAACUGCGAAAUUGUUCGGAUAUAGGUUAGAUUUUAAUAUUUAUGUUGAGUCUUGGGAAGGCGCAGUAGCAACUAUCGUAGAAGACUCUGACAGCUUCGUAUGGGGUGCUCUCUGGAUACUCGACAACAGUGAUAUGAACAAUUUGGACACGCAGGAGGGCGUCCGUAUUGGUCUCUACUAUGCAAAGAACGUGAGUGUAGUUACAAAUGACGAAAUCGUAUACGACGCUAGGACAUAUCUAGAAAGAUUAGUCCCGCCUAAAGUAACAAGUAACGAAAUACCAAUAGGAAGGCAGCCGUCGGAUACCUAUAUGAAGGUCAUUAUACAAGGGGCUCUCGAAUGUUCUCUACCAAUGAAGUACAUUGAAUUUCUUUUUACCUUUCCUACAAACGGUAAACUCGCUAACUGGCAUAUUAGACAGGAGUUAGGAUAUCCAUUUAAUGUCAGUUAUAUUAAAUGA